UCGCCACCACAGCCUAUUAAACUUGACAUUUUUAGUUGACAUUUGACAGUUGAGUGAACACAGUGGUAAUAAAAAUGGGCAACACCAAAUAAAAAGGCAUUUGCUUGUUAUUAAGUAGUUAGCAACAUGGAUUGGGUGAUAUCGGACGAACUGUCCCUUACAGUGGGAACAUUGGUUGGCUGGGUCAGCGCUGGUGCUAUGAUUGUUGGGGGUGUCAUCCCUUACAUUCCUCAAUACCGACAAAUCAGAAAGACACAAGAUGCUGAAGGUUUCUCAUUGUUGGUUUGCCUGGCCCUUUUAGUAGCCAAUACUUUACGUAUUAUGUUUUGGUUUGGUAAACACUUCGAAUACCCCCUUUUGAUUCAAAGUAUAAUCAUGAACGUGACAAUGUUUGUUAUGAUACAUUUAUGUGUUCGUGUAAGAAAUAGGAAUCAGCUUAUGCAAGCCAGACAAAGGAUAUUUACAGCUAAACCCAGUGAAGUCGUCAGAUUGUUAAAAUCUAAGCCUCCCCGCUCUUCUCACAAUAUUUGUGAUUUCGAUAUUAAGUACUUUUGGAACUGGAACGAUUUCCAGUCGUACAUUGACUGCAUGUUGGUGUUUACGAUUGCGACGUCAAUCCUAAUGUACGUUUUCAUAGACAAGAUAAUUUUCGUGGAACUCAUGGGCUUCUUGGCUGUUUUUACCGAAGCCAUGUUAGGUACUCCACAAUUAGUAAAAAAUUUCAAAAGUAAAUCCACUGAAGGUAUGAGUGUCAGUAUGGUGAUAAUGUGGACUUGCGGUGACGUUUUUAAGACUUUGUAUUUUUUAUUACGUGAAGCUCCGAUUCAGUUUUGGAUCUGUGGGUCAGUGCAGGUGGCUGUGGACGUGUUGAUUUUGUUACAAGUUUACAUUUAUCGGGGAAAUACCGAACCGCAGCGUGUCAGAGCCCACCGAGGAGAUUGAGUGGUUAUCAUAUGGACUCAUGAGGACGGAACUGACCAAAGCAAAGACGUGUGUAAAGUUAACGAUGAGUUAAAUAACAAAAACGACAGCAAUAGUCUUGAUGAUCUGUCACAAAUUAUGAGUUCAUCCAAUGAGAAAAUUUUAAAUACUAGUGAUAGGUGUAAAGUGCAUUCCGAGAAACAGUUAAAUAAGCACGUUAUUAAUGCCGACAUACACAACGAGAGUCAAAUUAAGAUAGAUGAUAAUGAAAUUGAUGGCAAUGUUAAUGAUUUUGUAAGUAAAUGUAAUGGUAUUUCGAAGAAUCGAGUUUCACAUUUUUCAUACAAAAAACACACGAAACAUAAAGUUAGUAUGUUAAUUCAUAGACAUACGUUAUGACGUAUGCUUUUACUUGUUUCGUAAAUCAACAAAUUUCAGCGUGUUGUUACCUUGAAAAUUGAAUUUAUUAUUUUUCGGAAACAAACAUAAUCAAUACUAGAUUUUAAGCGAGUUAAGGGAAAAAAUUGUCUAAUUUUUGUCAGCAUUUAUUAAUAUUGUUGCUACUAUUAUUAUCAUGUGUUUAUAUUUAUGUGUAUGCUCAUAAUAUGGCAAUAACUGAGAAUUAAACCCUUGUACAAAAAGUUUUAUUUUUUGUAAAAAUUUAUAAAUACUUGUCCACGUAAUUGUUUCAUCGUAAUUUAUGGAAGAAUUUUAAAUAAAAAGACUCAUUUUUUAUUAUAAUCUAAAAUUGAAUAUUUUUUGUCAUAACAUUUUUGUUAUUAUUAGUCAAGUUGAACACCACAAGAAGUUGGGUAAUUUUUUAAUUGAAAAGUGGAGCACUUUUUAAGAGAUUUUAAAUUACUCUAAUAUACAGGAUGUUCGUUUUUUGAGUUAUUAUAGGAGAUACAAGGUCGGUUAAAUAAAGGCAAAGCUGCGCAUUUUUAUGCUGAACAAUAAUCUGAAAGAAAAUUUAAUGUGCCAUUUUUAAUUUUUGAGUUAUUGGAAAAAAACGGAAAUUUGUAAUUUUCGUUUUUAUUGUUUUAAGCGAAAACUAAAAGAUAACGUUACCUAGAACGUUCUUAAGGCAUUUUCUUACAAGGAAUCUAAAUCUGUCAUCGUAUUUUUCAAGGCGCUCUUGAUAUCAGAGGAGUUACAAUACUCAACUUUGGAUUUUCUUUUAGACGCCAUAUUUAAUUUCUGUAGUUUUGAAAAGUCUUUUUGUUCCUGAUCACAAAUUUUACAUGCUAAUCAAAAUUUAAAAAAAAAGCGUUUUUGCGAAGAGUGCUUUGGAAAAAACACCAACAAUUUUAAUUAACAAAGUAGAUUUUGACAGUUCAGUUGACUUUGGAUCUGUCACAUUUCCAUCAAGCUUAAAAACUAAGGUUUUGAAAUAGGAACAACGGGAUAAACUAGAAUUUAUUCUUCGCAAAACAAAACAACACAAAGUUAUAAAACUUAGUUUGUUAAUUAAAAUUGGUGGCAUUUUUUCCAAAGCACUCUUCGCAAAAACGCUUUUUCUUAGAUUUGAU